AUGGCUGAAGAACAUUCGGAAUAUCCUCGCAUAUCAUUACCUGUACCUCAAAUGAGAUCACACUACGAUGUGGUGGUUAUCGGGUCAGGUUAUGGCGGUGCCAUUGCAGCUUCACGAAUGUCAAGAGCUGGCAAACGCGUUGCCUUGCUAGAAAAAGGAAAAGAAAGGUGGCCUGGAGAAUUUCCAACUAAAUUAAGAGAUUGCUUGAAAGAAGUUCAAUAUAGUUCACCAAAGAUACAUACCGGUAAUAAAACUGGAUUAUAUCAAUUUUAUAAUGGGAGUAAUCAAGAUGCUGUGGUAGCUUGUGGCCUCGGGGGUACUUCCCUUAUUAACGCAAAUGUAGCUCUUGAAGCCGACGAUCGUGUUUGGCAGAUGUCCGUUUGGCCAAAUGAAAUCAGGAAUGACCAAGAAAGUUUAAAAAGAGGUUAUGAAAGAGCUAGAGAAAUGCUCCAACCGGUUAGUUACCCUUCAAACUUUCCUGAAUUACCCAAAUUAAAAACCUUAGAAGAACAAGCGAGAUUAUUGGGAGAUAAAUAUCAUAAAAAUUUCUCGAGACCGCCUAUCACUGUUACAUUUGAAAAUCGCGUCAAUGCUGCGGGAGUACGUCAACAAGCGUCAACAUUAACCGGAAAUGACUGUACAGGAAUUAAUGAUGGUAGUAAAAAUAGUACCCUAAUGAAUUACAUACCCGACGCAUGGAAUCAUGGAUGUGAAAUAUUUUGUGAAUGUAGUGUACAGAGAAUUAAAAAAUGUGAUAAAACCAAUAGGUAUAUUAUAUUUUACGAGUGGUUAGAUGACAAUCGCACAAAAUUUAAGGAAGAAAGUCGUUUCUGUCCUUACUUUGUUAUCGCUGAUGUGGUGUUCCUCGGUGCUGGCACGCUUGGUUCGAAUGAGAUCCUAUUACGAUCAAGAUCGUAUGGUCUAAAAGUUGGCGAUCGUUUAGGGAAAGGAUUUAGUGGAAAUGGUGACAUACUUGGAUUUGGUUAUAACAUGGAUAAUUUUGUUAAUGGUGUUGGUUCGGGAGAUCGUGUUGCGUCCGGUCUGGAUGCUCCGGUUGGCCCGUGCAUUACCGGUAUCAUUGAUAUGCGCCGUGAUGCUGAAAAUGUACUCAAGGGAUAUGUGAUUGAAGAGGGUGCUAUUCCUCUCGCUGUUGGCAAGGCUUUCCAAAUUUUCCUCAAAUCAGGAAGUACCCUGGUCGGUUCCAAGCCGAAAAAUCUUACAUACUCGCAAUCUUUUAACAGAAGAUGGAGACAAAUUAGGUCAGCAAUUGGAGGGUUUUAUACUGGCGCCAUAUCACAUACUCAAACGUACUUGAUUAUGUCACACGAUGAUAACACGGGUCAAUUAGAAUUAGUCAAUGAUCGAUUGAACAUGGAGUAUAAAGGUGUAGGUACUUCGGAUACUGUGAUGGAAUUGAAUAAGGUUUUAGAAGACGCUACAACUCUAGUGAAUGGAACUUAUAUACCAUCUCCGUUGUGGUCGAAAUUUCUUGGAAGGGGAAUGGUUACGGUUCAUCCAAUUGGAGGUUGUGGUAUGGGCAAAGAUGGAAAUUCUGGAGUUGUAAAUCACAAAGGCCAGGUAUUUAUCGGGGAAGGCAAUGAUGUUCAUGAAGGACUUUACGUAUGUGAUGGUGCAGUCAUACCAACUGCUCUUGGAGUCAAUCCAUUUUUUACGAUUAGUGCAUUUUCCGAACGAAUUUGUGAAUAUGCAGCAAAAGAUCGUGGAUGGACAAUUGAUUAUGAUCUUGUUAAUAAACCAAUUGAUUUUAACCAUCCGUUGAAAUCUUAUGAACAAAAUGAACGUGAUUUAAUAAAAAGACAGAGAAAAUGCCACGAGUUGGACGGUGGGAUAUGUUUCACAGAAGUCAUGAAAGGUUAUUUUUCGACCGAAAUUUUAUCAACAGAUUAUGCCACUGCUGAAUUACAAGCAAGAUCUGCAAAUUCGACAAUGCAAUUUUUAUUGACGGUCAUUGCUUAUAGCGCAGAGACAAUAGUUGACAUGGAUGAUCAUUCAGCAUUGAUUACUGGCACAGUAUCGUGUCGAGCUUUAUCCCCAGAUCCAUUGCUUGUAACACGUGGAAAAUUCCGUUUGUUCAUCCCAGAUACUGAUAAAGUCGAUUCUAAUAGAAUGAUGUAUAAUUUGAAUUUAUGCGCUACUGAUGGAACAAAAUAUCGGUUCAAAGGACACAAGUUAGUCGAGAAUGGCAAAUUGAGAGACGCGUGGGAACAAUCUACAAAUUUAUAUGUUACACAAAUGACUACGUUUAAGGCGACCGGACCAACAUUUGUUUCAAGGAUCAGGGCCAUGUUUACAUUCAAUGAUUUCUUUGCAACGACCGUGUUAAGACACGUAUUUUCCAGAUUUCUUCCUUUAGAAUAUCCAAGCAGAACCUUUCCAAUCGCAAAACCAUUUUAUCAUCAAAGUAGACCGAAAAAAGACGUAUGGGAAAUCAAUGCCGAAGAUGGUGUUAAAAGUACAAUGGUCAGAUACCAAGGUGGAAGAAAAGGUCCACUCCUUUUAAUACAUGGAGCCGCUAUGACACAUGAAAUGUGGUCAACAAAUUUAAUAAAGAAUAGCUUCUUGGAUUAUCUUUUGGGACAUGGAUAUGAUGUAUUUUUAGUUGAUCAUCGUUUAUCGCCAAAAAAUUCAGCAUCUAAAGAACAACAUACUUUAGAUGGUAUUAGAUUAGAUCUCGCCGCUGCCGUCAGUAAAGUUCGGGAAGCUACUGGUGUUGAGAAAAUUGGUGUAAUCGCUCAUUGCGUGGGAUCGAUAUCGACAUUUAUGGGAUUACUAGAUGGAAAGAUCGAAGGGGUAGGAUGCCUUAUUGGUUCUCAAGUUGCAAUGCACCCAAUACUUAGUUUUUGGAAUAGUGUCAAGUUGCAUUUACAAAUACUUCCAUUAUGGAGACAUAUAUUACGUCAAACAACAUUUGAUGUAAGAACGUCUCCAGAUACCAAUUUACUCAACAAAGUUGUUAAUCAGUUAUUACGUUUUUACCCAGUACCAAGGAAUCAAACUUGUCGUAGCGCGUUGUGUCAUAGAGCGUCUUUAUGUUAUGGUACAUUAUAUCAACAUGAAAAUCUUAACCAACAAGUUCACGAUCAUCAACAUGAAUUUUUCGGAAACGUGAACCUUACUACGAUGCAACAUCUAAAUAAUAUGGGACAAAAGAAAAUGAUCUUAGAUUAUCAGGGUCAAAAUGUCUAUAUCACAAAAGAAAAUAUUAGUAAUAGAUUGAAUUUCCCAAUUUGUUUAAUUCACGGAGAAUUGAACUCGGUGUUUGAUUUGACGGCGACGAAAAAGAGUUAUGAUAUGUUACGAACGACAAACGGUAUCGAUAAUUAUACAUAUUAUGAAAUUGAUAAAUAUGGUCAUUUAGAUUGCUGGUGGGGAACUAACGCAAUCACGGAUGUAUUCCCUAAAGCAUUAAGACAUUUAGAAGAAACGCAACAUUUAUGGGGAUAUCAUGCUGGUCAACCAAAAAAAGGUUUUCACCCUUCUAAUGAUACUUCUAGUGAUGAUUAA